AUGGCGCCGCCGCAGACGGUCCCCCGGCGCGGCCUCUUCAUUGGUGGGGCAUGGAGGGAGCCGUGCCUCGGGCGCCGCCUCCCCGUCGUCAACCCGGCCACCGAGGCCACCAUCGGCGACAUCCCGGCGGGCACGGCGGAGGACGUGGAGAUCGCGGUCGCGGCGGCGCGGGACGCGUUCUCCCGCGACGGCGGGAGGCACUGGUCGCGCGCCCCUGGGGCCGUGCGCGCCAACUUCCUCAGGGCGAUCGCCGCCAAGAUUAAAGAUAGAAAAUCUGAGUUGGCUUUGCUGGAGACACUUGAUUUUGGGAAGCCUCUGGAUGAAGCAAGUGCAGACAUGGAUGAUGUCGCUGCAUGCUUUGAGUACUAUGCUGAUCUGGCAGAAGCUUUAGAUGGGAAGCAACGUUCACCAAUCUCUCUGCCUAUGGAAAACUUCAAGUCAUAUGUACUUAAAGAACCCAUUGGGGUUGUUGGACUGAUCACUCCUUGGAACUAUCCUCUGUUGAUGGCAACUUGGAAGGUCGCACCUGCCUUGGCUGCUGGGUGUACAGCUGUAUUAAAGCCUUCAGAGUUGGCUUCUGUGAGUUGCUUAGAGCUUGGUGCAAUAUGUAUGGAAAUAGGCCUACCACCAGGUGUCUUGAACGUAAUUACUGGUCUGGGCCCUGAAGCUGGUGCUCCAUUAUCCUCACAUCCCCAUGUGGAUAAGAUUGCUUUUACUGGAAGUACAGAAACUGGUAAGAGGAUAAUGACUUCAGCUGCCCAAAUGGUUAAGCCUGUUUCAUUAGAGCUUGGUGGCAAAAGUCCUCUUAUUGUCUUUGAUGACAUUGGUGACAUUGACAAAGCUGUUGAAUGGGCCAUGUUUGGGAUCUUUGCAAAUGCUGGUCAAGUCUGCAGUGCUACUUCUCGUCUACUGCUGCAUGAGAAAAUUGCAAAGAAAUUCUUGGAUAGAUUGGUUGCAUGGGCAAAGAAUAUAAAAGUCUCAGAUCCACUGGAGGAAGGCUGCAGACUGGGUUCAGUUGUCAGUGAAGGACAGUAUGAAAAGAUAAAGAAGUUCAUCUCAACUGCAAGAAGUGAAGGUGCCACAAUUCUGUAUGGAGGUGCCCGACCACAGCAUCUCAGAAGAGGGUUCUUUCUCGAACCUACAAUUAUAACAGAUGUUAGUACGUCAAUGCAAAUUUGGCGAGAGGAAGUCUUUGGACCAGUCAUCUGCGUUAAAGAGUUCAGGACAGAGAGUGAAGCUGUGGAACUUGCAAAUGAUACUCACUAUGGUUUAGCUGGUGCGGUGAUCUCCAAUGAUGAAGAGAGGUGCGAGCGCAUUUCAAAGGCUCUUCACUCUGGUAUUAUUUGGAUAAAUUGCUCGCAGCCAUGCUUCGUCCAAGCUCCUUGGGGAGGGAACAAGCGGAGCGGUUUUGGUCGGGAGCUCGGAGAAUGGGGCCUUGAUAACUAUAUGACCGUGAAGCAAGUCACCAAGUAUUGCUCGGAUGAACCGUGGGGAUGGUACCAGCCUCCAUCUAAGCUGUGA